AUGGCAGACGACCAGGAGCAAACCCUGUGCUCAAGAUGUCAGACCAUAAGCCUGGACGACCUCUUCCGGAAAGUAACUUCCUGUGCACUCGUUGAACCAGACCCAAGUCUCGUUCUUGACCGGACUCCAGAGUGGGCAAACUUGACAUGUUCUCUUUGCAACUUCUUCCUGGACAUGGUCCCACCUGAAGAACGCGAUACUUGCCCAAGGAUAUCGAUAUAUCGUGCGCGGCAAAGUACUAGAAACGGCUCGACAAAUAACACGCCAGUCAAUGCACCAGAUGUGGCCCUCAGAACGACUCUGUUAAUUCAGACGCAUAGUGGUGGACCGACGCUUAGCCAACGACACUUUGUGAACUAUAGCAAAGUGCCAGAAACACCAGUACUCAUCAACCAUGAAAGGAUUCCAAGAGAAGAAAUGGACGUGCUGCCACUCUCAGUCAUUGACUGCCACAAGCGAGAAAUUGUCCCAGUGCGUGGUCCUUGCGACUAUGUCGCUCUCAGUUACGUCUGGGGUCAGACAGCAGCACAAGAGGCUCCUAAAGGCAACUCCCUACCUCCUCACCUUCCAUGCACAGUCGAAGAUGCCAUGACUGUGGUCAGAGAGCUCGGCCUCCAGUACCUCUGGGUUGACAGGUACUGCCUAGACCAGAGCAACAAGCCCGAGUUCGAAGCACAGCUCAACCAGAUGGCCGAUAUUUACCGACAUGCUCUUAUAACCAUCAUCGGAGCAGCUGGUUCAAAUGGGGACUACGGAUUACCUGGUGUUAGCUCCCGACCUCGAAUCAAGCAGCCUUACAUCAAGAUUGGCGACUACACGCUCUGGUCCUCUAUGACCGACCCGCGAACAUUAGUUCGAGAAAGCCCAUGGAUGACUCGCGCCUGGACAUACCAGGAAGGGGUCUUUUCUCGGAACUGGAUCGCGUUCACCGAUGAGCAAGUCUUCUUCCAGCGCUCAAACUCGGAGCAGACAAUCCUGGAACGGUGGUGGAAGACAUCCUGCGAGAUGUUCCCUCACGGCGGGUUAGGAGCUGAUGCUAAUUGUCCGUUGCUAAACAUGUACGACAAGUUGACCUAUCCGUCUGACGCGAUUAACGGAAUAUUGGGGUUGUUGAAGCGUUGUGAAAAUGGGCCGUAUCCAAUGAACCACUACUUUGGCAUUCCUAUUCUAGGACCGUUGGUUAGUCAUCGCAAGGCCAUGGGCCGUGAUCCCAGUCGGAGCUGGCCGCUAACGGAAGCUUUCCUGGUAAAUUUAUGCUGGAAGGCGAGGGGAACAGGGCCGCGCAGAGCCGAAUUUCCGAGUUGGUCCUGGUCUGGGUGGCAAGCUGUCUAUGAGGGCUUUGCUCAACCACUGGCUCACAAUGGACUCACUGGGAGAAGCUUGACUAAGGUGAAGCUAUUGGUGGAAAUGGAGGAGGACUUGGUAGACUGGGAGGCCAUGUGUAACAUGAUAGAUUGGGAUGUUUACCAGGAUUUAACAUCCCUGCCGCGAGAGCUUUAUAUGCAGGCACCGACUGUUCCACUAACUCUCUGCCGAGAGGUAAGAGGAACCGGGGAUGGUUUUGCUAGUCAUGCUGCGGAUCUUACGCCUAUCCCAUGGUGUGCUAUAUUGAACGACAAUGAAUGCGAGGUUCUGAUUGAGGUUAAUCUGGUAGACGAAGAAAUUGCAUCGACGCUCCAGACCACGGACUCUUUGUUGUUGAAAGGAAUUAUUCUCCGCCAGUUGGACCCUCAUACAACCCAGGAAUACAACCCCUACGACAAUCAGAUUUGGGCGUUUGCUCUUAUAGCGCUAGGAGAUAAAGACGGGGCAACGAGAGUUGGGAGCCUGGAGCUGCGGCCAGACAAUUACUCGGUCCGUUGGAAGUACCAUGUCGACCAUUCGGGUGUGAAAAAUGAGAAGUGCUGGGUCCGAAAUGUUCUAAAGGACUACCAUAGGGUACCCACUAUCGUCCUAGAGAAACAUGCAAGCAUUGCGAAGCAUCCUCGUGCUAUUGGUUUUACGCCACGAACAUUGGAAAUCUAUCGCUGGCUCGGCAUCGCAGACCAGAUCCCCGAAGUCCCCAAAGACUUCAAUCUGAUGAGAGCGAGAGUCGAGAGCAUGACAGGCAAAUGGUUUGAAAGCACGUCCUGGUCAGACACGGGUAGCUCCGAUAAGAAGACAAGCCAGGAAGUGCCUGCUACGAAGAAACAAUAUUCGCCGUCCCGUGGAGCCGCCUUGCCCCAGGAUCAAUUGGAAGCUAUUCUGCAAGCGACAGCCGUCGAAAGAGGUGUAGAUAUCCGGCGCCAACACAAGGUAACAAACGUGGAGCAGAGCCAGAAUGGUGUCACUGUGACAGUGCUCGAUCCUCAAAACAAAGAGAUGCAAAUCGAAGGCUCGUAUCUCAUCGCGGCAGACGGCAAUCGCAGCACAGUUCGCGAGCUACUGCAGAUCCCACGGAAUGGGCGCGGCCAUAUGCAGACCAUGCGCAGCGUACUGUUCCGCGCUCCCCUGGAACAGUAUAUGCAGGGGGUGCACCAAUUCAGUAUCGAUCAACCGGAUCUCAAAGCCUUUAUGACAACCUACAAUGACGGUCGGUGGGUCUUGAUGUUCCACGAUGACGUUGAGCGUGAUGAGCCCACCCUUCGCUCGGCUAUCAACCAAGCCAUCGGUAGAUCAGACCUACCGGUUGACAUUAUCACGACUGGUCGUUGGGACUUAGCAGCUCUUGUCGCAGACACCUUCCAGUUGGGGCGUGUUUUUCUCGCUGGCGAUGCGGCGCACACGCUGCCGCCCAACCGAGGAGGAUAUGGAGCAAACACAGGAAUCCAUGAUGUCGAUAACCUCGCCUGGAAGCUAGCGGCGGUUCUAGCAGGCAAGUCAUCACCUGAACUAUUAGACACGUACGAUGCGGAACGGCGACCCGUGUCCCUCCUUCGCCAUGAUCAGAUCUUUGCCCGCGCCGACUACAAAGUCCACCUGGACAAGGCCACACCCGCCGGUAAAAAGCUCGAUGACGAUGCGAUGGAGUUUGGACAACUGUAUCUAUCACAUGGCUUCAUUGGGGUCGACAAUAACCUCCCACGAGCGUUGAAGCCUGACGAAUGGGCAGGCCAGCCGGGUACCCAUGUGCCACAUUUCUGGGUCACUCAAGAUGAAAACCCCGUUUCAAUCUUAGAUGUGGUGGGUGAGGAUUCAUGGACACUGGUCUCCGAGUCGGUAGAAUGGGAGGAGGUUGUGGCUCAAGUGAAUCUAGGAUCAUCGGUCAUGUUGAAACAUAUUUGCAUCGGAAGAGACGUCCAAUUUGCUGACAGAGGGAGCUUCCAAGAGGCUCUGGGAGUGUCCGCUACCGGCGCAUCGCUCCUGCGACCGGAUGGAUACAUUGCCUGGAGGACAAAGGUAGUGCCAGCAAACCCUGUCAAAUGUCUGGAUAAUAUUGUGGCUCAAGUCGCUUUUCGGGUGAAUAGCCAUUAG